CACAUCAGAGCAGGGGUGGUGUUUGAAAAGUUUUCAGGAAGCUGUUAUCACAAAACGAAACUGCCCUAACUUUGAUAGGAAGAACUUCCAGCACGUCUUUUUAUAUCGCUUGAAAAACACAUUUUGUUGGAAAGAAAAUGCAGAGCAGCGCUUACGGGGCGUCACUGGCUGGCGGUGCUUUCGAUGUGGUACAUUUUGUAAAACAGCCUCAAACCAUAUUGCGCUGCCUGAGCUGGUUAUUCUCCAUCGUGGUCUUUGCAACCAUCACAGCAGAAGGCUACAUUAACCCAUCAAAGGAGCAAGAUACCAAAUGCAUGUUCAACAGCAACGACAGCGCCUGCAACUAUGGCGUCGGGAUCGGAGUGCUGGCCUUCUUGGCUUGUGUUGUCUUCCUCAUUCUGGACGCCUACUUCCCACAAAUAAGCAACGCCAAAGAAAGAAAAUUCAUUGUUAUAGGAGAUCUGGUCUUCUCAGGGGUUUGGACGUUCCUAUGGUUCAUCUGCUUCUGUGUCCUGGCCAGCCAGUGGUCUAAAACCCCCAACCUCACUGAGGCUGUCUCUGGUGACGCCGCCCGGGCAAUCGUGGCCUUCUCCUUCUUCUCGAUCAUCACCUGGGGUCUCUUGAGCUUCUUUGCAUUUGGAAGGUAUCGCCAAGGCGUCAGUGAGUUUGACCAGGAGUACAGAGACCCAGCCAAUGACCUAAGUACUCCAUACCCUCCGUCUCCGUACGCCAGCAGCGGCCCCACAGGCUACCAGCAGUCGCCUUUCUCCCACAACCAGGAGCAGCCGGGAGAGUACCAACCUCCAGCUUACUGAAGGACUGAGAUUCCAAUGCAUUAAUCCAAACAGGAGAGUUUGCUUUUUAAAUAAACAUGUGUGCCACCGGUUUCAUUUACAACUCAGACUGUUCUCUGCACUCCCACUUACUUCCUGCAGAACGUGAUGCACAUUUUUGGAAGCACUGAAGUGUUUUUUUUAAAGUUAAUUUCAUUGUUGUAACAUGUGGUGGAUGUUUGCUGUGUUGCUUAAAGUGCCACACAGAGCAGGUGGAAGUUGAAAUUAUGAUAUUUUUUUUGAUAGGAGAAAGUUUUGCUAAGAGUGACUGUGCGCUGGUUGUCUUUGUACCAGACCAGCCACAGUUUUGACAGUGCACCUUUUUGUUUAGCUUAUGAGUGCAAAGUGUCAAAGCAAUAAUUAGCAAACAGGUUAGGAUUUAUUGUUGCCAGGAAAUUGGCUUUGCAUUUUUUAGAUGGACAAUAUAAUUGUUUAGUUUAAGGAAUAUGUUACUGAUUAGUUCAUAUAUUUUCUUUUAAAAUUCAUUUACACAAGUUCAACAACAGUAGUUUAGUGUAACCAUUUCUUACACAUUGAUCUUUGACCUCAAAACAAACCCAUGUGACCAAAUCAAUGGGUGCAAUACAAACUCUGUAACUAGUACUACUGUAAUGUUUUUUUCCUUUCUUAAAAAUCAACCACUGAGAAAUGGCUUUUAUGCACUGAAAAUCACUUCUGUUAGGCAGUUGAUUGCUAAUUUCUGACCAAAGAUUGUUCAUUUUAAUGUUACAAAUUCAAUUCUGCCACAGUUACUAUUUAGUAUUAGUACAUAAGGGUGUUUUUUUAAUAUAUAUUAAGGUUGCCAAUACAUGGAAUUGCAUCAGCUAUCUAUGUAGAAGUUUAAUUUGCCUUUCUUGAGUUCACUUAGAUUCUAAAAGAAAACCCUUUUCACAAAUGUUUCAGCCAAAAUGUGGUUUCAGGAAUUCAGUGAUGUUUUGCUUAUUUGAUAUAUUUAUUACCUAAUUUAAUAUUUUAAAUCAGAGAACAUGACAAUCAGACCAUCAUUUUUUUUCCCCACCCACAUUUCCUUUUGCUUUUUCAAAACUGUAAUUCUGCCUUUGCAUGUGUUGCAGUUUCACUGUUGUGCUCGAUGGCUUUACAAUACUUCCCUGUUAAAGUGCCUUUAGACAGAAUUCUGUAUCACACGCAGAAUAAAAAAAUGUUUUGAA